AGCUUGCGAGCUUUGGACGAGACGACAGCAUGUCUAUCCCGAUGGACGUACCUGAAGCUGAGGACGGUUUUGGAGCCAUGAUCAAAAGGAUGGUUUCCUCGUCGCGGUUACGUCGCCGAUGGGGCAAGCCAAAAGUUAAUUUCCCGGCUGCAACCAGAGAGCUCAUUGAUAGUACCGCAAGUUUGUGAAUUCAUAGCCUUUGGGGCCGGGAGUGGGCGCAGGUACCAAAGAAGCGUGUUGGCGAC